AUGGGUGAUCUUAAUCUUUAUUAUGAAUUUGAAGAUGCAAUUGUUAUUGAUAAUAAAUUGAUUGAUGCAUGGGCACAAACACAUUUUUCUGAUAAAUAUCCAUUUAAUGAUAAAAGCAUUGGUUAUACAUUUGAUGCAUUGAAAAAUACUUUAAUUCCUUAUUAUAUACCUGGAGCAUGUAGACAAAUGCGACUCGAUCGAAUUCUUUUUUCUCAUGGAUUUCCAGCAUUUGCCAUAACACCAUGUAAUAUGUGGGCCAAUGAACCUAUUAAAGCUGACAAUUAUCUAUUUCCAAGUGAUCAUUUUGGACUAUUUAUUGAUUUUGUUCUCGAAAAAACAGAUAAUAAUGAACAAUCGGAAACAACGAUGAUGUCAUUGAGUAAACCAGAUCCAUCGGCUGAAGAGAUUCUACGUCAUAAUGCACAGAAUAAUAAUGAUCAAAGACCAUAUCGUCUUGGAUUAAUACGAACAACAAAAGCAUUAACAUCUCAUGUUUUUUGGCUUGGAGCUGUAGCUCUUGGUCUUAAAUAA